AUGGCGGGGACUUUGUUUCCGAGCCCUGAACCUGAAACGCCCCCGAUCGACCGUUGGGCGCGAGGCUGGGUGGCCUCUAGGAGAACGACCGUUCGCGACUGGGAUCGAUUUCCCCGGGGAUCAUCUAGCGAUGACGGUAGCGAAGGAGGGCGAUCCCUACGCUCCGUCAGGUCGACGGCUACUGGAAUGACCAGCGCUCAUCGCCAUGGCGGCGGCGGCGGCGGCCAUGCGAGACACCGGCCACACAGCAGCAGCUGCAAGGAAGAUUCGUCGGGGGUGCCGUUCCCUCUCGCGCCCGAAGUCCGAGAGGACCAAAGCCUCCCGCCGACUAUCCCCGGUCACAGCGUGAGGAUGUCGAGAAAAGGGGGAGACUCCAGGGCCAAGCGCGGUCGCGGUGGUCACUGCGCGAAACGAACUGGAGCAAACCGCGGCGAGGGGGGUAGACGUCAAGGCAGCGGCGGCGAGUCCGAGAGCGGGUGUCUUUGGGACGGGGGAACGGACGGCAGCGAUCGGCAAGAAGACGACCUGGAUAGCAGGCUUAAGGAUCUCGGAGGGCGCGAGUGGACGAUAGACGGGGCCGGCGAGCUCCUCAUAGUGGACAGGGUCCAGGGCGACGCCAUGCCUAAAACCGUCGUCAGCGCGCUCUACAACUUCCGCGAUGUUCGGGACAAACUGGCGGGAGGCGAGAACGGUGGCGGCGGCGUUGGCGGUGACGACGGCGGGGGAUUGGACGGGGGAAAGAGGCACCGCGACGGCAGUGGCGUUGGGAAAACAAGGGGCAGCAUCAGCGGCUCCGCGUCAUUUUCGAAGGAAAGGAAACGCUCGAGUUUGUCCUUGAGAAGAGCAUCCCGGAGGCGGAGUUCACGGCGACUUUCGGGAAGUAGGAGGCGGGGGAGCGGGGCGUUCUUCGAGCUGGAGCCGACGCUGCAGCCAAACCUGGCCAACUCGUUGGACCGCCCGGGCCCUGGCGUGUCCGUGAGCGACGGAGGCUCCCUCAAGGAGGGUCCAAGUUGGCCUCAGGACCCAGAACACAUGAGCCGUAGCGAGUACCGGGAGCGUCAGAGACGUCAAGAUCUCACCGGUUCCAGCAUGCUGGACGGCGGUGAAGACGCUUCCAGUCUCGGCUUCUCCCUCGGCUCCGUACAAUCCGCCCCCGCCCUACGGGGGCUAGGCCUCGGUCUGAACGGCAACGCCGCCGCCGGUGGCGGCAGGGACGGUGGGGGUAGGCGGGCCGUGUCUGGUGGCAGGGGUAGUGGUGGUCGUGGUGUUGGACGUGGGACGAGCAUCACGGCUUUCGAAGACGUCAAUCCUUUCGCGGGGGGGAUACGGGUUGACACAUCGCCCCCGGCCGGUGGUGACGGAAGGGGGGCGGCGGGAGCGAGUGGGACGAGAGGAGACUUGUCUCCGUUGACCGCGUCUGUGGGAGGCCAGAGCGGCAGUUUUUUCCCCGGGGCGGGCCCGGAGUCGUCGUCUGUGGGAGAAACGUCGGACGAUCCGCACCUUGCGCUUGUGAAGGAUCCCGACUGGGGGCGGAAUGUGAGAGGCUCCCCAAAAGAAGCCGGAUAUCUGCCCAAGGUUAAACAGGUGUCGAGGGAGAGGCCACUGACCCACGAGCGGCCGUACACGCGCAACCCGCGGGACCCCCGCAACGUUCCUGCACGACCAAAUGCUCACGUCUCCCCGAAAAACAGCACAAGCAGCAGAGUCGGCUGUAACGCCGACCCUCAGUACACAGGCGACGACGGAGGGUCCACCAAAUCUUCUUUCCCUUCCCUUCCUAUGUCCUUGACCGGGUGGGGCGAGGGCGGAGGCGGUGGAUCGCUUGGUAAGGGGGGCGGGGUCCCUGGCCGGCCAAUGAGGGGGAAGAAGGGCCGUGGGAUGAUCACCAUGACCAAGCCCAAAGAGAUCAUUGUGCAAGGUCUUCUUCGAUGA